AUGGCUCACAGAACGGAUGCAUCGAUGGGAGCACGAUGCCUAUCCAACUGUGCGUUUUCACGGCCAAGCAGCCGCUCAUGUGUAGAUCUAUGGUCGCAACCGAGGAUACGACCCCACGCAAACCCCUUCGACCGGAUGCACGGCCGACGAACGAUAUUCUCCUCGUCGAAAAUCAUCAGAAACUACGAAGACAUCCCUCGGGAAUAUCGCGACCAAGCGGGUCUACACUUCAGCGCCAAGGAGCUGUCCGAGGAAGAAAUCCGUAGAAUAUUCGGGGCUGGAUUUACGGCUGCGGCGGGGAAUCGCCUUUUGCGUAUCUUACAUGGGCGACGUGUGGCAGGGACUUUGGACGACCCGGCGUAUGCCAUCCAUACUGCACAGUUCUCGGAAGCACACAUAGCAAAAGGACUGGAUUAUCUGCGACAGGAGGUUCCCGUAGAUGAGGUCAUGAAUGCUGGGCUGAGGGCGGAAGAUGAGCUGAACCAGAUGGAUCGAGAUGUGGAGGAGCGGGAGGCGCAAGAAAGGGCAGGCGCGUCUGGCGAAGGAGAACCCAACGCUGCAGAUGCGGCUGCUAAAGCCGAUCCUGUCUAUGGACAUAGUUCGUUUGACCAGAUUCGAGCGCGCAACAUUGCAAAGCAAAAGGCGAAGGACAAGAUUGCAGAGGACGAGCGGUUGGCCAGGGAAGCGGAAGAGCAAGCUGGCGUGUCGGGUCCUCUGGCGACAAGAGAAGAUGGCACUCGGGCGAUUACGAACCCCAAGGUGGCAGAGUACUACGACAAGGCACAGUCCGACCUGGACGCGCCGCCGGAGAUGAGGGCCUGGGAGCGCAUCCUGCCGUCCCUGACGGUUGUGACAUUGGUGCUGGGCUUCAUGGCCGCCGUUGCCAUGGUCUACGAGGAACCGAUGCCGCGAUACCGACUCUUCAACGAUAUUUCCACCGCCCACGCCACGGUAGGCACGUUGAUUGCUCUAAACGCACUCGUUUUUCUGGGCUGGCGUGUCCCGCCACUGUGGUCCGUCUUCAACAAGUACAUGAUCUUUGUCGUGGCCACAGUGAAGCCACCCACCCUCUUUACGGCCGUGUUCUCACACACAAAGCUGAGCCACAUGCUCGUCAACAUGGUUCCGCUGUGGUUCAUCGGUACCGCUCUCCACGAGGAGCUUGGCCGUGCGGAUUUCCUCACGCUGUAUCUGGGCUGCGGGGCGGUAGGGUUUCUGGGCAGCCUGGUCACGUAUACCCUGCGAGGGUGGUUGACGGUAACGUCGUUGGGGGCCUCUGGCGCGACGCUGGGUCUAUGUUCUGCGUAUUUCUGGGAGCAUAGGAACGACGGUUUCAAGAUUUUCGGGCUCCCCAAGGACGGGGUCCAUGGGAUUGUGUUCCUGGCCAUGAUUGCGGCGCUGCAGAUGGCGGCCUUUGGGAGGACGAAGAAACUGAAGGUGGAUAUUGCGUCGCAUUUGUCGGGGAUGGCGGCGGGGAUUGGGGGGAUAGAGAUGCUGAAUAGGACGAGGAGGAGGAGAGGUGGGAGUGGCAAGGGCAGUGAGGGAUUGGAGGUUAUUGAUGUUUGGGGGCCUGAUGGGAAAGGGGAUGGUGUGAUGAAGGGAGUUGAGAGGAGGUGA